UCCAACCUGGCCUAGAAAGUUCCCUAACUGCCCAUGGCCCCCAUUCCUGAAACGCGGGCAGACCCUGGGUACUGCCACAGUGGCAGCUCAGGCACCGAGACUACCUUUGCAACCCCAACACUGGUUUCCAGGAGUCAGGUGGUGGCCUUAACCAGUUGGACUCAACAGCUUUCCCUUUGUGUUAACCAGACCUUCUCUCCCAGCGGCCUUUCCUUGGGGAGGGGGUGGGGGAAGAAGAAGGGAGGGAGAGAAGGGAAGGAGGAAGGAAAGAUGGGAGGAAGUGUAAGUUUGAGCAGACUUUCUUCUCAGAGGCCUCCUGGGAAGGAGAAAAGGGAAGACAAAAGCCUGACGACCUAUGCAUGGGUGGGAUCAGGGGGGAGUCAGGGCCCCCCAAGUCCCACAACAACCCCAUUUGCCUACCUGCUGCACCCCCUUCCCUCCGCUGCUGCUAACGCUGCUGCUGCUGCUGCUGCUGCUGCUUCAAAGCUCACCCUGGGGAGCCAGGCUGGGCACCCGCCACCCCCUAGUACCCCCACAGCCCAGAGUAGGGGCCAGCCAGUGCCCAAAACGCCCCUUCUGCCCUGGAUGCCUCCACCGGGGACUGGGCCUUCUUCCCCCCCACCCCCAUCUCCUGCCGCUGAUACCAGCUGCCCAGCCCCACGGGGAGGGUGGGGGAGAAGGGGAGGGAUGGCUGGGCAAGUCUGGAGACACAGGGCGGCGGAUUGGGGCAGAGGAGGUGCUGAGGGGCUGUCUUAUUUAAAGUGGUUGUUUAUGAUUCUUAUACUAAUUUAUACAAAGAUAUUAAGGCCCUUUCCAUUACAAAAUCGUCCCCUUCCCGUAACUGUGUUCACUGUGUUUGUAAAGAUUGUUCAGUGUAAAUAUGUCUUUAUAAUAAAGAGUGAAAGGCUGACAAUUCGCCCUUACUCUUGGAGGUCAGGCUCAGGAGGGGCGCUCCUUUCCCCUGACGUCCAUGGUCAUCUCCCCGCCCAUAAACUUCACGUGCAGCGAGAAAAGUGCCUGCAUCUGAAAUCAGUUCCAGGUCAAAUGGCUUCAGACUAAUUUGCCACAAACUCACAAAAGGAAUCUCUAUGCUUAACGACCAGUUCACAAAAAUGCAGUCUACUUUUAGGUGUUUUGGCAUCUGUUUGAGUGUCCUGAUUUUUUUCUUUUGCACUGUCAUUUAAAGGAUUUUUAAAAAGCAAUUUAUUUAAGAAUAUUCUGACUAAAGAAGGGAUUUCUACUAAAAAUUGUUUUGUAUCCUUGGCGCGUGUCUUCUAUUUUUAUCUACUUUUGAACAGUCUCGGGACUUUUUAGCCAGUUUGCCUUUCUUGAGAAAUGUUAUGUUUCCUGCAAUAAAUACAUUUGGUCAUGACUUUGUAUGUAUCAUUUUCUAUUUCACAAAGUAGAGUUGCUUGAUAGCCUGAGAAAUAAAAUGCAAGGAGUUCGAUGCA